AUGACCAGGUCUCUAGUCGUUGGUGUCUUGGCAUUACAAGGUGCCUUCAUUGAACACAUCCAAAUAUUUGAGAAAAUUCAAUCACCCGUGUCAUACAGCUUUAUAGAAGUUAGGACCGAGGAACAAUUACAUUCUUGCGAUGCUUUAGUGAUCCCUGGGGGUGAAAGCACUGCAAUCUCACUUAUUGCUCAACGCACUAGUAUGUUGAAGCCCUUGAUGGAUUUCAUUAAAUCUGAGAAGCCAGUAUGGGGAACUUGCGCAGGACUCAUUUUUCUUUCGAAGCAGAUAGUCAAUGGGAGAGAAGGACAGAAGAUUUUAGGAGGCAUGGAUAUUAUGGUGAAGAGGAACGCAUUUGGUAGACAAUUGAACUCGUUUGAACAGAAAUUGGACUUUUCCACUUUCAUCCCUGGAGUAAGUGAUUUCCCUACGGUAUUCAUACGAGCUCCUGUAGUCGAGAUGAUACUAGAUGACAGUGAAGAAACAUACAAUAAACUCGGAGAAGUAAUCAGAUCUGAAAAUACCUACCAGAAUCCUUCAAAGGUGGAAAUAUUACAUCAAUUGGAAAACGGAUUAAUUGUUGCCGUGAGACAGGGCAAUAAAAUCGGAACCUCAUUCCACCCUGAACUCAGCGACGAUACAAGGUUCCAUAAAUGGUUUUUAGAUGAAUUUGUAAGCGGAAAGUAG